AUGUCCAGUGGUCAUCCGCUACAUUUCAUUCGACAACAUGGUGAAAAGUACUCCCAGAAAGAGCUGCUUCAGGCCUGGAUCACUUAUCUGCAAAAACAGUGUGCUAUAGAAAGAGCCAGAGAGUGCGAGUUGCAACUGAUAAAAUUACGCGAAAAAGCGAGUCUUUUCAAUCGUGUUUGUGCCGAUAAUUCGGACCUGACGGAUGAAGAAGUGGCCUGGUAUCUUGAGAAGGCACGUGAAGAAGAUAGCAAGCCGGAGAAAUAUCGAGCGCUGAAAAUCAUCGUACCACCAUCGCAUCCGUUGGAAGUUUCGGGAGUUGCCGCACCACUUUCACCCAUCAAACCACUUUUCGAGGGCCUAACACCACCAUCACAAAUAAUGGCCGAAGCAAAAGCAGCCGGUGCGGCUGCAGGUCGAGCAUCUGCAAAGGGAAGCCCCAAAAAACCGGAGAAAUAUCGAGCGCUGAAAAUCAUCGUACCGCCAUCGCAUCCGUUGGAAGUUUCGGGAGUUGCAGCACCACUUUCACCCAUCAAACCACUUUUCGAGGGCCUAACACCACCAUCGCAAAUAGUGGCCGAAGCAAAAGCAGCAGCCGGUGCUGCUGCAGGUCGAGGAUCCGCAAAAGGAAGCCCCAAAAAAGUACGGAGCGCUGCAAGCUCACCACGCAAAAGUACCUCGUUGGAAGCGGGAGCGGAUGAAGCUGAAAAGCAGCAGCAGCAGCAACCCCCGGUACAUUACACCAGACAGCGGACACUCUCAAUUGGCUCACCUUCUGCUGCAAGCAAUGCUUCAUCACCAAGGCGCGAGGGCGAACAUGGACGAAUUUCAUCAACUGCAACUGCUGCUAUUUCAACUCCUACAACGACUGAAGAGCCACGUCAAUCUCCUGCUGCCAGCACUCUUGCCACUCCUGCAAGUGAAACCGUUGCGCCAGGAACUUCUGAAGAGGAACAGUACUUUUUUUUCAAGUGA